AUGAGGAUCACUCCAGCCCUCGCGGGUUUGCUUGCGCUACCCAUCGCGUUGGCGCAGCUAAAUAAACUUGCUGAGGCUGCAGGAAAGCUUUACCUUGGUUCCGCCACAGACAACUCAGAGUUGUCCAACAGUUCGUACCUGGCUAUAAUCUCUGACACGGAUGAAUUCGGCGAGAUCACGCCAGGCAAUGGCCAGAAAUGGCAGUAUACAGAACCAAGCCAGGGAACAUUCUCUUAUACCAGUGGUGAUCAGAUCGUCGACCUCGCCGAGGCUAAUGGUCAGCUAGUGCGCUGUCAUACUCUCGUCUGGCACUCACAGCUGCCCUCGUGGGUUAGCUCUGGCUCCUGGACCACCGCUCAGUUAACUUCCAUCAUCCAGACUCAUAUCGCCAAUGAAGUUAGUCACUACAAGGGGCAAUGCUACUCGUGGGACGUGGUAAAUGAGGCACUGAACGAGGAUGGCACCUACCGAACCAGUGUCUUCUACACAGUCCUCGGCACCGAUUACAUACCAAUUGCUUUCGAGGCUGCCGCCGCCGCCGACCCAGCGGCCAAGUUGUACUACAACGACUACAACAUCGAGUAUAGCGGAGCCAAACACACGGCCGCUGUGGGUAUUAUCGACCUGAUUCAGACCGCAGGCGCCAAGAUCGACGGUGUCGGUCUACAGGCUCACUUCAUCGUCGGCAGCUCACCGGGCCAGGCCGAUCUCACCAACGUGCUCAAGGCGUAUGUAGCGGCUGGAGUGAGCGAGGUCGCAUAUACCGAGUUGGAUAUUCGCUUUACCACUCUGCCUUACACAGCCGCCGGUUUGCAACAGCAGGCCUCCGAUUAUGCCGCUGUUACUAAGGCAUGCCUUGCCGUCAACGAAUGUGUGGGUAUCACCAUCUGGGAUUUCACCGACAAAUACAGCUGGAUCCCCAGCACUUUUGCGGGCCAAGGUGGUGCUUGUCUAUACGACGAGAACUUCAGCAAAAAACCAGCCUGGACCACGGUCUCAUCGAUUCUUGCUGCUGCUGCGACCUCGACAGCCACUGGAGGCACGAUUACGACCAAGGCAUCCACCACUACCAUUAUCGCGACAGCAGCGACGACAACAACCUUGGCUACUAGUACACGUACCAGCAUCACCACGGCAGCGACACCUACUUCAACAGGAGGAGCUCACUAUGCCCAGUGUGGUGGCAUUGGCUGGGCAGGCCCUACCACUUGCCUUAGCCCGUAUACCUGUACCAAACAGAACGACUACUACUCGCAGUGUCUGUAA